CACUAUACACCUCAUUCAUUAGAAAACGUCAAAAGUUUGUCAAGCUGUGCAUGCGCUUGUUGUGCAUUCUAAAAAUCGCGCACAUCGAUUGUCAACAAUUCGCAUUUAAUUUAAAUUCUUCGUAACAAAAUCGAAAAACUGGCGGCCGUCAACAAAGAAUAUGACAAUCCAAUGUUCAUUGAUCCUAUGGAGGUGGCAGACAUGUAUUCCCCAAGCACAUCAGCAUCAGGAAAAGGAAUUAUUCCACAAACCUAUGGGAAUGAUAGUGACAUGAGCACCAAGCAAAGAGUGAUGGAAAUACUUGAUAAUCUGGAAAGUCACGUUGAAAAAUUGCGGAGGGAUGCCACAAAACUCGAGGAGGAAAAGGAUGUCAUCAUGGGCAGCCUGGACGCCGUCAAAUUACUGCCAGUGUUAAAUGACCUUCAAGGAUUGGAUAGAGAUGAAGCACAACAAUACCUAGAACGAAUAAUCGAGCGCUGUCAUACAGUGGCUGUGAAUGUUUAUACACAGAGGGAUCAAUCACAAGAAGAUGCUCUCCACCAGGUAAAUCAACAAAUAGAUCACCUAAUUGUCUUGCUAAAAGCCGACCAUGAAGCGGCGCGGGCUCGUUGCCUGAUCUACAUGAACUCCAGCUCAUCACAGAGCAGUGGCGUCACCGACAAACAUUUUGAGUCUGCACUGCUUGGUUGCACAAUCGAUGACCAGAAGCGGGUGAAAAAGCGCCUUCUCGGCCUGUUAAAAUACCUUGACAAAAUGGGCAUUGUGUCUGAAGUAUAAAGGCGCGAGAUCGUGGCCAGGGAUACGGGUUUUAGUUUCGAAUCUCUCACGCUGAAGUUUUUCACAUUGUUUUUAUUUUUUUACAUAUAAUAGAAUAUAAAAGUAUUGUAUUUAGCAUGUUACUUCGAGUUGUUCGCGUUGAUAUAGUGAUAUAGGACGACAAGGAGGAAGAGUGUCACUCCCAGAGCGUUCGCGAGUACUGCUAGAUGCACAUCAGUGACCAUUCUAAAACAAACAAAAAACAUUUUAAUACAAUUGCAUACAGCUUGAAGGGGAGAACCAUUGACUGUUUUUGUGAUCCAUAUCAGUGACUUACACUAAUUAAGCAUAUUUUGACAAAUAAAUAUAGUACUGUUGAGUUUUAUGAAAAAAAA